UUUUGAAACAUAAAAAGUGACAAAAACAUACACGUUUGAGGUCAGUGGCCCAUUUCAUAAGAGAAUAAAAGUGUCACCAAUUAAAAUUUUGAAGUUACCUACUAAACUGCAUUUAGUCAAAAAUCAGAAAAAAGUUUAAAAUUAGACAAGUUAAUUAUUUACCUUGCUGUAACCUGCCCAUCUUAGCUGGUGUGGUGCAGUUAGGUUGGUAAGAGAACGUUGAAACGUGGAGAGUAGUAUGCGGUAAACGAUGAACACGUCUCAUUAGCAUCAACCUACGUGCCCUUCCUUAACCGUUUCCACCUCCAUUAACUUUAUCUUAAAAAAUAUCUCACUUCUCACUCAGUAGAGACCAAAUUUCUGCCAUGGGACAAGGCGAAGAUUCAAAGACUAAAAAUGAAUCCAACGUUCAAGUUCAGGAAAGAGGUGAAAUAUUCUUCUUCUAUCGACCAAAAGUUGGCAAACAACAAGUACAUGAUUCCGACGAUGUGCAGCGUUUAUACAUAGUUCUCCGUCCAGAGUCCGGGGAACAUUCUGUUGAAGUUAAACAAGAUCCUCAUUCUGGCAAGGAAGGUGAAAAACUUGGUUCUCACAUGGAUCCUGGAAAACCCAACCGUGAUAUUUCUUCCGAUAAGGAACAUUCUGGAGGUGAGGGAGGACAUGGGACAGAAGAAGUUAAUAUUGAGAAGGAGCCUUUGCUCCGGUUUAUUGUAAUGGGUCGGAAGAGUCUCCCUGAUCCUAGCAAGAAAACAGGGCAUCGUCCCUAUUGGGGUUUUGUGGAAAUGGUGACUACGAAAAUCGACGAUGUAAAAGCAGCUCUCAAAGGAGAAGAAUACGACACGGCAACUAGAGGACACCGCGUAGUUGCUCCAGCUAGAGCUGUAGGAGAAGGAAUUUAUCGAAUUUUGAGGCAUAAUCCGAAGAAGAAAAUGCAUACCCAUUUGGUUUACAAGCUUGAAUUCCCAGCAGAGGAUGAGAAAAAUGAACCUCAGGAGGAAUUGAACAUAAAACGAGAAGGGUCAUUUCUGAUUCAGAUUAAGAACCCGGAGCAACGUGGAAGUGGAUCGCAGUUUAGAGGGCUUCAGAAAAAGAGGAAGGCUACAUUUCCAGCUCACUUACAAGGUGAAUUUGGGCAGCUGAGGUACCAUCCGGCAGAGCCGCCGGAUUUUUUGAACUACGAAGGGUGUGAAUUUCUGCUGAUAUCUGCUUCUGAUGAUAUAGAAGAGGAAUUGGGGUUGGAAUUGAAGACGGAAACUGAAGAAGAACAUGAUCCGUCUUGUUCGGAUUUAGUGAAGACUUUUGGUGAAACUGCUUCAAUUCGCCCUCUUCUUAGAGGCACUUGGGUUUGAACUUAGUUACUAGGAUUAGUACUAAUUAUGUAGGUGUUAGUUUUUAGAUGUAGAAGUGUACUCUGUCAAUGGUAAGACUUGUGUAAUUAGUAUCACUUUUCUUGAUCUUUAAUUUUGUUUUCAUGUAAGUUAGGAUGUUUAACAAGUUAAUUCCACGAAAUUACUAGUCUAUCUGGCUUGAUUUUGCAA